AACGUCAUAGCGGCCGUGCUUGGUGUGCCGCCGAAGGACAUAUCGGAGAGCAACGACCUGGAGCGCCUCGGACUCGACUCGCUGACCUCGCUCGAGGCGCACCACGCGCUUCGUUCAGUCCUCAGUGUGCCUCCCCCAGAGAGUCUCUUCACAUCUUGCAAGACCGUCAAAGACACCUGUGCUGCCAUUGCUGCUCCCGCGACACCACCCGCCGUCUGCUCCGGAGCGUCUACGCCGAGGACCUCAGAGAGUAGUACGCUGCACGAGCAAGACCACGAUGCCGACGUCGAUUGCGCGGCGACCCUUGCAAAGGUGCAAGGGGUUCAUGUCAUCGACGCUUGGUGUCCCGGUGAAGAAGCUCGGUACUAGGUAGGCUCGUCACGGUCCCCACGCCGGCUUCUUGUCGCGUCGCAUCCCCUGCACAAAAGGGAUGCAAUAAAGACGCACGUGGUCCCCACGGAGCGCAGCGACCGGACCUGGCUGUAUCUGCUCCGCUCGGGACGGAAGCGUUAGGUCUAGUUCCGGUGACAAAGCGAGGCGGACGUUCCUUCGUCUCUAAACCAUAGUAUUGCUGUUUUAUGGAGUGAUUUCAGC